UCGCCGAUAGAGCAACCUCGAGCUGCGAACGGAGUGCAUGUGUGUUUCUCCGCGACUACGAGUGCAGUAUUGUGAGACAGAGUGCCCGCGCCGCAGAGCAGACACGCACACGAGCAUUAACGCAAGCCGUCCCGCCCGCCGACCGCCGCUUUAAGUACUUCGAGCCGUCUCGUGCAGAACACCACGAUGCACCACCAGAAGCAGCAGCAGCAGCAGAAGCAGCAGGGAGAGGCUCCAUGCCGACAUCUCCAGUGGCGGUUAUCAGGGGUCGUCCUCUGCGUCCUCGUCGUAGCUAGCCUCGUUUCCACGGCGGCUUCCAGCCCGUUGGAUCCACACCACCUUGCCAAAAGGUCCUUCUUCGACAUCCAGUGUAAAGGAGUUUACGACAAGAGCAUCUUUGCACGCCUCGACCGCAUCUGCGAAGAUUGCUACAACCUAUUCCGCGAACCUCAGCUCCACUCUCUGUGCAGAUCUGACUGUUUCAAGAGCCCAUACUUCAAAGGUUGUCUUCAGGCACUACUUCUGAUUGAUGAAGAAGAAAAAUUUAACCAAAUGGUGGAAAUACUGGGGAAGAAGUAGACUGCACAAGAGCUCCCUGCAGGCUGGGAGAUAAAUUACGGAAACAUUCUAGUCUUUGAAAAUAUAUGUUGGAAGAGUUAGAUCUGUUUUUGUUUGAUUGAUUUUAUGUUGAUGCACUGGCCUCUGAGCCAUCAUUAAUGUUUUAAUUACUUUGUGAGUACACUAUCCGUGGGCUCAUAAUGGAGAGUUCUGGACGAGAUUUCAUCAUACUUUCAUUUCAUCAUGCAGACUGUCAUAUUUUCAUAUAUAAUUCAAAUCACUUAUUUAUUAGUUGUUUCUGAAUGAUUUGCAAAUGCACACAGUAACACACCUAUCGUUUUUCUCGAUAUUGUUGUAGCAUCAUCUGGUUAUAAAAUUUCCAAAAUUUUUCAACAAAUUUAUAGAAAUAUCACUCAGGAACGAAGAAGAAAUGGUGAUAAAGCUUAACAUAUAUAUUGAAUUAAUAUGGUCAUCUCAUGUUGGAAAAUUAAUAUUGAAUAUGAUUUUAAAUAAUGUCUUUAUUUUGUUCACCACGUGAGCAACUUUGACAUCGCACUAUCAGUGAAGUUUUGGUGGCAUCUUGUGAAGCAUUAUGCCAUGACGAUGCUGAAAAGUAUUAAUGUAUUUAUUUUUAAUAUAGAACUUCAUUCACUUAGUAGUCACAAUCCUUAUAAUGUAUUAUUCAUCAUGCAUUUAUUAAAUUAUUUAAUGAAACCAUCUACAUACUGCAAAUCAUGUGAUUUGUUAAUUAUUAGCUAAAAGCUGAUGUGUUGUGGCAGUAUUAAAAAGAUUUGUAAAAAUGAAAUAUAUGUCCAGGAAACUGGUUUUUUGUAUUUCACACUAUCAUUCCAUAAUCAGUAUUCUUAUGUGUCAAUGAGGAAGAGACCUUGCCUUGUAUACAUUACCUCUGCAGUAUAGCCUAGUUCCUGCUCUGACACAUUUGCAAACAUAGUGCAAAGCACUGUCAGUAAGAAUAUGAGGAGCAUUUGUUUACCUGUGUGCAAGUAGGUGUGUCUUGAGUGUUUAUACUUAUUUUAGAUUAGCAUUGUGUCUUAAAUUAUUUCAGAAGUAGUUUAGUUUUACAACUCGUUCAUAUUUUAUGUGGAAAGAGAUUCUUUUGUGUAUAUGUUAACUUAUUACAAUUUUUUAUGAUUUGAAGAGAGUACGGGUUUAGUGUAUAUUUUUAUAUAACCUUGUAAACUUAUUGUACAAUUGACUGUCAACUUCUUUUAUCUGAACAUCUUUGUGAGCCACAGAAAGUGUGCCUAUAUGUUUCAUACUACGUUGAAGCUUUUGUUAUGUACCAUGUCUGUUUAAACCUAAAAGGAAAAUUGGAAAUUAUUUUGGAGCCUAUUUUCUAAACAAUACAUGUGUCAAUUUUUGGUCUGGGAAAAUUAACUGAAUCCAGAAAUAUAUAUUUUCAAGCUAA